GCUUGGACCUAGUUUGAGGUGACAUGGCUAAAAGCGCCAAGAAGGUUGGAAUUGUCUGUAAAUGUGGGACCCAUUAUGGUGCCUCCCUCAGGAAAAUGGUGAAGAAAAUUGAAAUCAGCCAGCACACCAAGUACACUUGCUCAUUCUGUAGCAAAACGAUGAAGAGAUGAGCUGUGGGGAUCUGGCACUGUGGUUCCUGCAUGAAAACGGUAGCAGGUGGUGCCUGGACCUGCAACACCACUUCUGCCUUCACAGUGAAGUUCGCCAUCAGAAGCCUGAAGGAAUCAAAAGAGCGGUAGAAGCUUCACCAUUUGAAACGUUGCUAACCUACAAUAAAUGGGUUAAUUUAUGUAACAG